GAUUAUAGUAUACAGUAUAGCAAAUAUAAAGGAAUUCAAUAUUAUUCCCAACUAUAAUAUAAAACAAAUCUGGUGAAUAUUCGAGAAUUCUGUCAACCAAAACAUAACCAUGAUGCACAGGCCAGGAACGUUUCGACCAGCAUUUCCUCUUGAAGGACAAGGUCGUGUCAAUCAACUAGGAGGAGUUUUCAUCAACGGUCGACCUCUUCCAAAUCACAUUCGACACAAAAUUGUGGAAAUGGCGGCUCAUGGUAUAAGACCUUGCGUCAUCAGCAGACAAUUAAGGGUUUCUCAUGGAUGUGUGAGCAAAAUUUUAUGCAGAUAUCAAGAGACCGGAUCUAUUAAACCCGGGGCAAUUGGUGGUAGCAAACCUAAAGUGACAAAUGCGGAAAUUGAGUCAAAAGUUGAGCAAUAUAAGAAAGAAAAUCCAUCGAUGUUUAGCUGGGAGAUCAGGGAUCAAUUGAUCAAGGAAGGAUUGUGUGAUCGCAGUUCUGCACCAACAGUCAGUGCAAUCAGUAGAAUCUUGAGAGCUAAAGGAUGCGACACUUCUAAUGAAUCAUUGGAAGAUGGAGAGAACGAAGCACAUUCGGACACUAGCAGCAACGGUCAAGGCAGAGAUCGCAAUGGUAGCGGUGAGGGCGGCGAGUCAGAUUGCGAAUCAGAGCCCGAUUUACCUCUCAAAAGAAAACAGAGGCGAAGCAGGACCACGUUUAAUGCUGACCAGCUUGAAGAAUUAGAAAGAUGCUUUGAAAGGACACAUUAUCCUGAUAUUUACACAAGAGAAGAGUUGGCGCAGAGAACUCAUCUCACUGAAGCGAGAGUACAGGUCUGGUUUAGUAACCGAAGAGCGAGAUGGAGGAAACAAAUGGCUGCUCAACAGUUACCACCAAUUCACCCACACCAUACUCACCCUCACUUACCUCACCACCUUGGAGCAUACCAUCCAACAAUUGCCGCCGCUGCUGCUGCUGGAGCAGGCAUGUCCGCUCAUAAUUACAUGCUACAAGCCGCCGCAGCCGCCCAACACCAACAACAUCAGCCAACGGCAUCAUCUUCGCAUCCUCUUUCACACCACGCCCAAUCAUCUCACUAUCCUCACCACCCGGUACAUGGACAUCCCUCAAUGUCGACUUCUAAUUCGGCCACAGGAACGUCAACCAUUGGAGCUCUCGAGUCAUCAUUCACGCCACCCAUAGCACAUGAUUUGACUUCAAUGCACCGACACACACAUCACCCACUUUCUUCUCCACUGCACCACGCCCAUCCGUACUCUCAAACAAGUAUGAGAUAUGACGGAGGAGCACAUGACGUGGCUCUAAACGCUGCUGCCGCUGCAGCUGGAUAUGGAUUAGUUGGCGCUUCUGCUGCUGCCGCGGCUGCUGCGAGAUAUCAGUUUUCCUCAUCAGCGUUUGGUGAUGCUUAUCAACACCCAACAUUAACUCAAGAAAAUUCGUUGUUUGGUGUCAACGGAACAAACGAUAGUACCAACACAAGAUCUGACCUUACUCCCAUUGAUUAUGGAAGACAUUCCUCAGACUCUCGCACCGGUCAGAGAGGCAUGUCGUCGUCCUCUGCCAUAGGAGGUUCUAAUCAACCAACAGAAGAUCUCUCUCCAUCUGCCUCAUCUCCAACGAAUUGCCACCAGUCUCGUAUUGGCCAAACAAAUAUGCAACACAGAGAAGGAAGGUCGACAUCUUCAAAUGGCGCGAGCGAGAACAUGUCAAGGACGGCCGUCAGUAAUGUUGCAGGUUCACCAACAUCGGCCAGCGAAAGCAGAACAGCAGAUAUUACAGAAACAACGUACGGAAAUAGCAGUGGAAUGCAUCAUCAUCAGCAAACAGCGAACAACCACAUUCGCCAUUUGGGAUCAGCGCACGGCGGUGAGCAUGUCACAAACAACGCUCCACAGCAGCCAUUGACGAGUAACGCUGAUGCUCAGCAAAUGCUUGCGCCCUUUUCACAUAGAACCCCCAUCGGAUCAGAUCAUCCGACAACCGCAGGAACGGCAGCGUACUCAGCAGUAAACGGUUUUGGAGCAACUCAUGAUCAAAAUAUGGCGGCGGCAGCUGCUCAUCAAUAUGCAUCUCACAAUCCAUUUGCAUCGUGCCAAUACUCAGGAUAUGGCCAAGGGAACGGUGUUGAAUAUGAAAACCCUGGAAUUACUGCACUUAGAAUGAAGUCACGAGAGCACAGUGCUGCACUGGGUCUUAUUUCAGUUGGAGGAUCAAGCACAAGUAUGCAAUCAGCCUACUAAGAAGCUCAUUGCUAAGAAAGACUGCAUGAAAUGAAAUGCUUGGGACAAAUGAAUUGUCGAUUUGAAUACAUCCACUGUACCAAUUUGUCGUACUGCGAAAUAACCGGAUGAAAAUCACGGAAACGCAUAACCCAUGUCUAUAUCAAACUUGAUUGAAAGAAAAUCACUAGAUUAAAUGCUGGGAGCGCUUGACACGUACGGCCGGAAUGGAGACGCACAAAAACAAAUGAAAAUAAGUAGAAUGGAAUUAUUUAGUCGAGUAGAUAUUUUCGAUACGAAUAUAUUUUAUGUUAUCCGAAUAUAUAUCUCAAUCUUUUAGAGAGCAAACUGAUACAGAGAGCAAUAUUAACCUACUCAAUGUAAGUUUUACAACCAUCAGUUGAAUUAUUAUUUCACUCGGAAAAAGGUGUACAAUACUGAUGUUAUUUUUAAAUAUACAAGUCAUGAACGGAUCAAAAUGGUUUGGCCUAUCUUACUAUUAACAUUGAUUUUCUGAAGUUGCAUAUUUAGUGUGAUGCACUGUUGUUUAUCAGAACAUUUUAUAAUAUAUACUUGUAUUCACCAAGAUACUCAGUGAUUUACAAACAGCCGAUUUGUUAAGCAGAUAUUUUCUUUUGAAGUACGAUCAUUGCCGAAUUCAAUCAAUAUCAUUGUUACGUUUCAAUAUUAAUAUUUAUGUAAAUCGUGUCAUCUGCUUGCCAUUUUUGUUUCUUGAAUAUUUUUAUCAUAAAUAAUAUUUUUUUGCAACGUCGCACUAUCUUAGCGUACUGCCAUUCCUGUUUUUACAAUGUUAUAUAUAGGCAGAUUUUUGUGCCAAUUCCGUACUACUUAGGCUUUCUAGUUUUCCUCCUUUGCAUUGUUAUUUUGUUUUCCUCGUCACAAUGCAAAAGUGAUUUGGUCUCGAUUGCAGCUACAUUUUUAUUUCUUUUUUUCGUUUUUUUUGUGUAUACUUGAAUCCGAAAUAAUAAAUUUUCGUCACGUUAAA